AUGUUUCGCCUGGCAGUACUGCUCGUAUGCCUCCUGUCCCCAGGUUUGGCAUCGCCAACCAGGGGCCGGCUGCGGAGGACCGGACAGGCUCGCAUCAUCGGCGGGUCUGAGGCCAGCAUCUCCAGUUUCCCUUGGCAGGUGUCUGUAGAGUCGGCGGGAGACCACACUUGUGGAGGGUCCCUCAUCAGUCCCGACUGGGUGCUGACGUCCUCGUUGUGCCUAGAUGGCUUCAGCGGCGUUUUCGAGCAUAUACUGCAGUUCGUCUCGCUGCGUGCGGGUACAUCUACGAGGGGGAGCGGCGGUGUCGUGUUGCUCGCAGCUGAGAUGUACGAGCACCCACUUUACAUCCCCCUCACGGUUGAUUAUGAUGUCGCACUCAUCAAGACCACCUGCAUAGAGCUUGAAGAAAUGUCCUUACGGUGGACUGCUGCCUCACUUUCCCAGAAAGUGCCCAAGUUUGAUGUGGAUGCAUGCAAACUUCAGGAACCAAACACAUAA